AUGCCGCAGAUGAAAUUGACUUCAUGCGAAUAUGCAAGUUUGCGUAAGGUAGAAGUGGAAGGAGCUGAUGCAGCCGAUGACGUCGACUUCCUGGGAAUAAGCCAUCAAAGUCCAGAGUUACCACGCAAGCAGGGAGAUUACUACAUUCGCAACACAAUCAGAGUAGCAUGUUGGCAGCCUGACAACCAGAGACCACGAGCAACGAAGGAGAAUGGAAAAAAUGGAGGCGGUACCGUGCACGACGGGGUCAGCGUUGAGGCGAUGAACCUCGGCGACGAGCGCGGGCUUGGAGAUGUCCUCAGGGAGGUCGCCGUCGAUGAGCAGAUGCCGACCUCGGCAGACGCCUUGCGCUUCGUGUUCACGGACGUCUGCGAGUCUUUCCGGCUCCCCACGAUGGUCACGGCCAGCCUCGGAACCUACGAGUGA